AUGUGGGGACAUAGGCUAGUAAUUCCUAGUACGUGUAGGAAUAAAGUGAUCGCUGAGCUUCAUGAGAGUCACAUGGGCAUAGUCAAAACUAAAUCGUUAGCGCGAAGUUACGUAUGGUGGCCGGGAAUAGACGAGGCACUAGAGACAGCAUGUUGCAGCUGCACCGUGUGCGCUGAAGUGGCGGACGCACCACCUGCGCAUGCGCCCCGCGCCUGGCCGUGGCCAGAUCGACCGUGGACCAGGAUACACGUAGACUUCUUAGGACCGGUAGCCGGUCUUACUUAUCUAGUGGUAGUCGAUGCACAUUCAAAGUGGAUUGAAGCUAUUAGAAUGCUGAGCACCACAUCGCAAGCGGUAAUAAAAGAAUUACGAGAGAUGUGGGCGAGAUUUGGGUUACCUAAACAAUUGGUUAGUGAUAAUGGCCCUCCGUUUUUCAGUGGAGAAUUUCAGCAAUUCUUAAAUAAUAAUGGUAUAGAACAUAUAUUUUCGGCACCUUAUCACCCAGCUUCUAAUGGGGCAGCGGAAAACGCUGUUAAAAUUUGUAAAAAGAGCAUUAAAAAGGCGAUUAAAUCGAAAUCCGACGUACACUCCACAUUGUGUCGUUUUCUGCUGGCGUACAGAAACACACCACACUAUACAACCGGGGAAAGCCCCGCCAAGAUGUUAUUAGGGCGCAACUUGCGCAUGCGGUUAGAUUGUUUGAAACCAGACCAGAAGGCACUUAUUAGAGCUCGCCAAGAGACAGUAGAAGCUACAUCGAGUGGCGUCACAAGACAGUUUAAUCCGGGGGACCUUGUAUGGUUCAGAGAAUACCGUAGCUCAAACAAGUGGUCUGCAGGGACUGUUAUAGAGAAAACAGGUAGUACAGAUUAUAAUGUUAAAUCUAUCCACGGCACUGAGGUGCAUAGACACAUUGACCAACUAAAACCAAGAGUGAUAAAUAGGACAGCUAGGCUAGUAGAUGCAAACUUUAGGAACUUUCAACCAGUUCAGCCUGUUAAGAGCUCUCGCUCUUCUCUCGUGUUUCCUUCGGACAAUAAUCGAGCGCCGAACACAGAACCGGACCGGACAAACGGAACCAGCUUGACGAAAGCAUUGGUCGAGGAAACAUCCCGCACGCAAACAGACGGAAGUGAUUUGGUUACAAGUGAACCCUUGUCAACGUCAAGUGUACCUUUAAAUAUGCCCAAGGUGCAGGAGACGGGUAGUCCUAGGGUUCCUAUUACUCGGGAUAUACGAACUAGUAAUCGUACACGCAAACCGGUUAAGAGAUAUGGGUUUGAUGAUGAUUGA